AUGCUCCUGAUGGCGGUCGGUGCUAUGAUGAUAGGAGCAAAAAACUCGGUUUCUGUGAAUCCAGAUGAGAGGUAUAAGAUUAUUCCCUUUUUCACCUGUCUAUUCCAGGUGGAUGGGAGAAUCCUUGAUACCGUGUGUGGAGACAUCAUCGACCCUGAUCGGGUUUCAGAUGGGCUACUUCGUUGGCACUUUCGACAGUGUGUUUUCGUAAAUAUGAGGGGGGAUGGUGAGCCUAUAUGGGAACGAGACUUCCCACCGGGAACGGACAUGCUUAAGGAGAUAUUUAAGGGCCCUCUUCCGGUUGAACAGUUCGAAUUGGAGCCUUCGUAUAGACUCCGAAUGUCGGAAUAG